GUAUCGUUUAUUUCUCUUCCUUAUCUCCAUAGUAAUAUGCUUUGUUGUGACCAAGUCCUUUUGACCUGCUGCUUGCCCAUCUUUCUGAUGGGCAUGAGGUACUACUUCAGUAGAAAAGUUAUCCUGCACUAUCUCGAUUGUGCGCUGCAUACAGACAUGUCCGAUAUUGAGCAAUAUUACAUGAAACCGCCAGGCUCCUGCUUCUGGGUCGCCGUCCUGGACGGCAACGUGGUGGGGAUCGUGGCAGCACGGGGCAACGAGGAGGACAACACGGUGGAGCUGCGCCGCAUGUCCGUCGACUCCAACUACCGCGGCAAAGGGAUCGCCAAGGCCCUGGGCCGCAAAGUGCUGGAGUUCGCCAUGCUCAACAACUACUCCUCCGUUGUGCUGGGAACCACGGCUGUGAAGAUGGCAGCUCACAAGCUCUACGAGUCCUUGGGGUUCAAGCAUGUGGGUGUUGUUGAACAUUACGCCUUGCCGGGGAUGACGCGCUCCUUACUGGAGAGAAUGUUUUUCCAGCUCCGCUACCACCGCUACCGCCUGCAGCUGCGGGAAGAAUAAAAAACCCAACCAACCAAACGAAAACAACAAAAUGUUAUUUUUCAUUUUCCUCCUUCUCCCCCUUCAAAAAUAAUAAACCACCCUCCUCUUUCUCAUC